AUGUCGGCGCACCUGAUCCAUCUGCAGCAAGAAGCCCCCGUGCAGGAGAUGCAUCGUGGAAGGCAGUGCGGGCCCAUGCCCACACCUCGAACGGAUCUCACCGCGAGCAAGAGCCUGAAGAGGCUCUUGCCGUCGGAUGCCCGCUGCCGGCGGGCCGCGGCGCGGGCUCUCGAGCUCCUCCAGCCGCCACGAGCGCGGCUGGAGGCGCGAGGGUUCGCUCGGGCCGCCGCCCUGCUGCCGGCGGGCAGCGGAGCUGGACCUCGAGCUCCCCCGCCGCCGCGAGCGCGGCCGGAGGCGUGA